UAAAAGAAGCAAAGCAUGCGAGCUGGGUUUGUCAAGUCACCCUUGUCAGAAACUAAGCUGACAGGCGACAUCUUUGAGCUGUACUGUGAUGUGGUAGGGAACCCCACACCAGAGAUCCAGUGGUGGUAUGCUGAGGUCAACAGGGGCGACUCGUUCAUACAGCUGUGGGAUGGUGCUCGGAAACGGCGGGUUUCAAUAAAUACAGCUUACGGCAGCAAUGGAGUGAGUGUGCUGCGUGUCACUAGGUUGGCUCUAGAAGAUACGGGGACUUACGAGUGCAGGGCCAGCAACGACCCCAGGCGGAACGACCUCCGACAAAAUCCAGCCAUUACCUGGAUACGAGCCCAAGCCACUGUUGCCAUCCUACCAAAGCCAAAGAUCACAACAUCUGAAGACAUCGUUUUAAAACACGGAAGUCCACCUAUCGUCCUCUAUUGUAACCUGACCAUGGCACCAAUUCUCAGCAAUGGCAGUUAUUGGAUCAAAGAUGGAGAAGAAAUUGCUGGGACCAGGAAUUCUUCCGGUGCAAACAGCACAGAGUACAAAAUUAACAAACCUAGAACUGAGAGUUCUGGAGAGUAUCACUGCAUCUUCAUGUUUGACAAUUCGCCUUCAGCCAACGCCUCCAUUGAAAUCAAAGCACUUCCUGAAAUUGCUGGUCAUAAGAGGAGUGAGAAUAAGAAUGAGGGUCAAAGUGCUCUCAUGUAUUGCAAGUCUGUAGGUUAUCCACAUCCUGUUUGGACCUGGCACAAGAAGGUGGACAAUGAAUUUAUGGAACUAAAUAAUGCCAGUGGUCGCUAUUUCAUCACAAACAAAGACAACUACACAGAGCUGAUUAUUGAGAACCUGCACAUUCAGGAUGACCCAGGCGAAUACUUGUGUAACGCUUCAAAUUACAUUGGACACACCUCUGUUGUCACUAUUCUGCGAGUCCGUAGCCAUCUGGCACCACUGUGGCCCUUCCUAGGGGUUGUUGCAGAAAUCUUAAUUCUGGUCAUCAUUAUUGUCAUAUAUGAGAAACGAAAGAGACCAGAUGAAGUCCCUGACGAUGACGAGCCAGUUUCUGGACCAAUGAAAACUAAUUCGACAAACAAUCAUAAAGACAAGAACUUGCGACAGAGAAACACCAACUAAUCCUUGGUUAUCAGAACUUUGAAUUUCUGAAGAUCAUUAUCAAAUAGCAUGGCUGUCAGUCAAGGACUCUGGAGAUUGUUGGUCUGAAUGGAUGGGUUUCGACCUUCCCACUGUCUAAGCAGGAAUAAGAUGGCUGUGUAAAGCAUGUUUUGCCUUAUUCAAUCUCUUCUGAAGAAUAAAGUAUUAAAAAGAUCGCUUUGCAAAUUUAUUUCUGAUUAUUUCAAAUCGAUAGGGUGUACUUUGAGUGCUUGAUAUACUAUUUAUUGAUGCUUGAUUGUCUUCCGCCACCCUGUCUGCCACCCCUUCCUCUUCCUGCGACUCUCUGUUUAUGUGGAUGCAUGCGAGGUUUAUUAUUUCUUGUGUGCUCAUUCAUACACUGUUCAUCACGUGGCACUCCUAACUCCAUGAUUCUUUUCAUUCUCUCCUGGAACAUUUGCUAAAUAACUGCAUCACUCAUAUGGUAUUUGAUUUGAAUUUGUAUAUAUUACAAAUGUUAGUGUCCAGCAAAUCAGAAGCAUAUUAAUAAAUGAUGUAUUGCACUGAUCUGGUAGAGGUUAAAGCUAAAGUAUAUAUAUCUCUUCCACUGCCAUUUCAUGAGCCCUGUUCUUGAUGUCACAUUCUAGCACACUUAUUGCAUGGUAGUUUCCUAUGCAAGCUUGAACAAGCAAUUAAUUAUCUGUCUCCUUUUCUCCUUUCAAAUUACUGUUCUGAGAUCCACCCUGUGUUUUGUUUGGACACUAAUAAAACUUUAAUGUUGUGACUUUCUUUCAAAUGUAAUUUUGGAUGUGUAAAUGCAUGAGAUUGCACAUUUACCUGUGGUUAUUAUCAUUAACUCCAUGUACAGUAUGUUGACCCACUGAUUUUUAAAAAUAAACAAUGACAUUGAAAA